CUUCGACCUUGUGACAGACAAUUUUCUCUCGACGAAGAAUAGAUUUCAACCUUUGAAACUUUGGACAUCUUCCGCCUCUCAGACCUUCUUGUCAAAUUGUCGUGUGCUGUUCACCCAUUCGCAGCCCCCCAACCCACCCAACGCCGCGAUCAGAUUCAUUUCACGCCGCCGAAUCCGUAAACAAAUUCCCUCUACAAGGAUCCAUUCUUGUCCAUUCAGAAAAUCCCGCAACAAUGCCUGCCAUCAACGCUCUGGUCGCCCGCGAGGCCGUCUCCACCAUUGCCAAGCGCCAGAACUGGGCCCAGAAGGAGGCUGGUGUUGUCGUCGUCUUCUGCAUCGUCUUCGUUGUCGCCGUCGGCAUUAUCGGCCUCUUCAUCAGCAAAAAGAUCACUGCCAUGCGUCAACGGAAGCAGGCUCAAUAGAUGGGGAGCCCGACGUGGGGGAGGAAUUGACGAGAAGAGUACGCGCGAGCGGCAGCUGUGGCCUGCAGCUACUGGUCCGCCUGGACAGGAGCCCGGGGCAAGAUAUGGAACAUAUGCGCCACCUAAUCUGGUGAGGCACGGGGGAGGGCGGACGUACGGCUGAACGAAAACGGAAGACCUUAUUAUGGCAGUAAUGAUUAUUUCUUGAGAGGAAGGGGGCGGGUAAAGGGGGACGGGGAGGACGGCGACGAAGUCAUGAUGCUCCUCCCAUGCCACUGAGCCUGUGUUGGCAAUUUCGCACAUACUUCAAGCUGCCCUGCGUUUCAGCAGCCAGCUAUUCGUCUGACUUUCAAUCAACAAAGAUACAACAGUCUAAUCACAGUCGUUUUAAAGACCAGAGACGGAUGAUAUUGG